AUGCUUAAUUUUAUACGUAGUUUCUCAUAGCAAAAAUGUAAUUCAAACUAUUUAAACACUAGAACCCCCCAAACCCCCUUAAUAGCAACAAACACAACAAUAACCAAAAUAGAACUUCUACUCAACAGUACCUAAAUUGAGGGACAACUUUGCAGAGGAACUGUUUAAUUUAGAAAUGGAUGUAGAAUCUGAUGAUGUUUAAAUGGAUACUAUAAUGAAAUUACUAAAUUUAUAUAAAGAGGCAGUGGAAUAUUUUGAGGCUAUUCAUUCAAACAAGUAUCUCAUUUUCAAGAACAAGAUUUAAAACUUAUUUGCAAAGAAGAAUGUUAUGAAUGCUAUGAAAAUGAACUAAAAAAAGUCUCCAACUUUGGAUGUUAAAUAAAAGUUAUAGCAAAUAAAGUAAGUUGAUUAAAAGCGGAAUGCUGAUGAUUUGAUUAACUAACAUCAAUAAAAAGUAAUAAAAAAAUAUUAGUUUUUCAUUAGUAAGAACAAUUGAACACAUUAAUACAUAACAACCUUGAAGCUCAAAACAGCAUCAUACAAGAGAGAUUGUAAAAAAGAAGAAGUAGUCAAGUGAGAUAAAUUCAAACCACAUAGAAUUAAGAAACUACAGAUUAUUCUAUGCCAGAAUUCAAUCCAUGUCAUACUCCUUAGAUUAAGACUUAAGCCAAAUCGUAUAGGGGUAGAUAAACUUUUGAUUCAUGA